UGGGAGUAACCUUAUGGACCAUAUUUAAACCAUGAAAAUUGGAAUGUUAGAGCACAGGGUUUUUUUUUUGCAGCAACUCCUGUAACGAACAACAUUCAUCAUGGUUCACUGGACUGAUUCCCAAAUUAAAGCCAUAAACAAAAUAUGGACUAAAGUGAAUGCAAAAGAAAUAGGAGGCGAAGCCCUUGCUAGGUAUGUAAUAUAAAAUGAAUAAAUAAAUGUAUAUUUUUCUGUCUCCUCUCCCCCUCUCUCUCUCUCUCUCUAAAUAUAUAUAUAAAGAUUGGUUUAUGUUUUAUUUAGCAUUUUUCCCAUAUGUCACGUAAUUUUUGUUUUCUGACAAUAGAUUCCUGAUUAAGAAAAUCAUUUUUUUUCACAUGAAUCAUGAUUGUGUAUAAGUUUUGCUCGGUAAGCAAUAUACAUUUGAGGCUUUGUUUAUUUUUAUCAGGCUUCUGAGUGUCUAUCCUUGGACCCAGAGAUAUUUCAGUACAUUUGGUAAUCUGGGAAGUUGUGACGCUAUUAGCCACAAUGCUAAGGUUAUCAGCCAUGGUGAAAAAGUGGUUACAUCCAUUGGAGAAGCUAUCAAACACAUUGAUGAUAUUAAAGGAUAUUUUGCCCAGCUCAGCCAGUAUCAUUAUGAGAAACUGCAUGUGGACCCAGCCAACUUCUCGGUAAGAUGAGUGUAGUUUUAAUAAGAUUAUUUCAUCAAUAUUUAACCAUGAUACAUAUUAAUUUGUAAAGGCAUUCUACUGUCUGAUAAAGAUUUAUGUGCAUGUUAAUGUUUUCAUAAAUAAAUUGUGCUUCUCUUGCUUUAAAAAGGUAGAUUACUAAACAGUACUAAAGAGAUAGCUGACUUAAAUUCUAAGGACAAGUAGUGGAGAUGGAAAGUCUAUAACUUAGCUCAACUGAUUAUUUUCUACCUUGAAAUAAAUUAUGCAUCUUGACUGUCUGCUUAUAUUUUACUAAAAAUAUUCCAUUAUAAUACAGAUGCAAGUGAUUGUAAACAUUAGUUUUCCAUUCCAUGAUAGUAAUACAUUUGUAUCUCUUUCUAAUAGCGUUUUGGAUCUGUGCUGAUCAUUGUCCUGGCACGUCACUUCGGUGAAGAAUUCACUCCUGAGACACAAGCUGCCUUUAACAAGCUGUUCCAUGUUGUGGCGGAUGCUCUGGGAAAAGGAUACCACUAAACUAGCCUGAAGAACAUUUAAAGGAGUGUCAUGCUACAACAUUUAUUCCUAUUUCAUUUACUAUAGCAAUUGUAGAAAUGUGAUAUUCAAAAUGUAGCCAUUCAGUCCAGCUCCUAAUAAACACAAAGUUCUUACCUAUCCUGAGCUGAAGUCUUAAUUCCUGAAAUACAUUUGCAUGUGUUUAUUUAUACACUACAUUACAAUAGUAAUAUCUAAAUCAGACAGC